GAGGACAAACGUUCAGGGAGGGCUUUGUUCACUUCUCCGACGCCAAGGGAGGCAAUGUGAGAGAACAGAGGCUUGACUGGCUGCACUACAGGAAUCCGGAUAUGAUGAAAAUGUUUUAGACUCAACUAUCCACAGCCGAGUACCGCCACUGAACGUUUAAGGCUUCGCGAGGAUUGUUAUUGAUAUUUUUUAUGCGUCAACAAAAUCCGGACUGGGUGGGAGCUGGAAGUCCAAACUUUUUGAACUCGAAAUUACUUUUUCACCGCGCGUCUUUUUUUUUUUCUGUCCCAACGUCUCGGAGCAAGACUUGGAAGAAGGAAGGAAGGAUGGGAAUAAAUCAGAUUUGAAGCUCGGGAGUUGUCAUGUUUGAAAGCCUGUGCUGAUGGUGAGACGUUGCUUUUAACAGAGCUGAGGGCUGAGGAAAGGGAGGAACUUCUUCUGCUGUGUCCCCAAAAAAGACGACUGUCUCAUGUCCAAGGAGACCGUCUUUCCUUCGGAUGGGCCGGCAGGGCCUGGGAAGGGCCCUCAGCAAGAGACAAGUCCCCUGCUGUCUGCCUCACAAGAUGCUUGUGACAGUGACUCAUCAGGAAGAACACCAUCUCCCAGGAAACCAGCCACCGAAGGACAAAGUCACGUGACUGAGGAGAAGCCCAAUUAUUGCGAGCCUGUAAGAACUCAACCUCAGUCUGAGUCUCAGCCAGUGUCCUCUGAGCCCGCCGAUGGGGACGCUGGCAAGGACCAAAAUGGCUUUCUCCACAACGGCACUGGCACGCCCGCGCUGAGUAACGGCAACGGAAUCCACCCUGGCAUCAGUGGGGCCGGGGCCACGCGCACAUGCUCCUGCGGUGCCAGCAUCAGCGUGGGUGCCACGGGCGGGUCGGGUCCUGGCAUGAGAUCAGUGGCAACCGCGUCGACGACGACAGAGCAGCCCAGGAAGCAGCCGUCCAUGCCCGUGUCUCAGAGGAUGCAGAGGAAAUUGAGGUCCAGCUUGUCGGUCAACAGUGACAGCAGCCGACGCAGCAAAGGCAGUUCGACAGGGUCACAGAAGCCUCCUUUACCAGAGGACUGCUGCGUCCACUGCAUCUUGGCCUGCCUGUUCUGUGAGUUCCUGACACUUUGCAACAUGGUGGUGGCGCAGGCCUCGUGCGGGGCAUGCACAUCGGAGGCUUGCUGCUGCUGCUGCUGCACCGAUGACUUGGGCGACGACUGCAACUGCCCCUGUGACAUGGACUGUGGCAUCAUGGAUGCCUGCUGCGAGUCCUCAGAUUGCCUCGAAAUCUGUAUGGAGUGCUGUGGCAUCUGCUUCCCCACAUAGGGAGACAUGCGCUGGUGUUGACCAGGGUGCCUCUGCGAUCGGAUAACUGGACCCUGGACAGAAGAAUGGAAGGAAUUGCUGCUGCUGUCAUUUUGAACUUAGCAGCAGACUGUGUGUGUGUGUGUGUGUGUGUGUGUGUGUGUGUGUGUGUGUAAGCUUGAGUAAAGCAUGCUUUAAAAGACGUAUUUUGACACUGGGCCUCUCCAUCAAAACCAGCUCAGCAGCGGAUGCAAGUAACUCCACAUAUAGGAACAUGUGAGUUAGAUUUUCAGCGUAUAUAAAGUUUUAUCUGUUGAAUAUUCUAUCCUUUGCAUAAAAAGUAUUAUCACAGCGCCUUACAAAUUUAAUUGUUACAUCAGGAAUACUGUCUAAUUGUAUCUUGCCUCUUUUUGUUCAUUUUGAUACUAGACAUGUUGCAUACACUAAACAAAGCAAUGACAUUCAGUAAGUUUUUUUUAAUGCUCAAAAACUGAGUGUUGCGAUCUUAGUGUACUGUGCAAUGCUGUAAAAGCUUCGUGUGACACAUUCCGAGUUGCAUACUGUAGUUUUGCGACACAGACUUUCAUUUACACAAAUCUACUGUAGCACUGUAGAACAGUUGAAACUGGUGAAUUAUUAUUAAAGGUGAAUAACAUAAUCUGCUACUUUGUAAAACCAAAGGUGCCUACAUUUCAGGCUUUUUUUUUUUUUUUUUUUGGAGGGAAAAUCUGCACAAAAUUGCUCUUAAGCUCUUAAUUGUUUGGUAAAUACUGGAAGGCCUAUGAAAACAUGUUGUACAAAAGAUUCUCAUCUCUCUCUUGAUAUGGCAGUAUUUGGAACCUUGGAUUUACUGGAAUUACAGUGCAGAUACUCACAUUUUUAACAGAAUAAAGGUUGUGACCAACUUCACUGUGCGAUUUUCUGCAAUGUUAAAAUUUAAAGUGUGCACCUUGUGUCUUAAUUUCUAUAGGAGACCUCCCCUAAUGUUACCCAUCAAUGCUUAGACUGUGUCAGCUGCAUAUGGUACCCGGUCUUUUUUGUGAUGCUGUAUUAUAUACAUAGUGUGUAAGUAUGACUUGUUAAACUGCACUCUGUGCAUGAAAGGCUUGAUAAGAAAUUAAAAAAUGGUGACCUUGGUCGCUGUAUAAGCGGCUUUCGGGUAUCAAGCCCAGUGGCUCAAAAUACAAAAAAGGAAUCAUGAGCUGUCAUGUUGAAAUGGUAAACUAAUGCAGGGUAAAGGCAGUUUUCUUUUCCUUUUUUUCUGCUUCUUAAUUCUGUGUAUCUCGGGAUGAGUUUGUGGUGAAUCACCAAUGGAGUCAUUUCCCUGUCUCGGAGAUCCGCUUUGAUGUUGUUUAAGUGAUGAUACUUAAUGCUGGCCCUCAUUAGCACUGCUUGCUAAAUGGUAACAAAAAAAUGUCCCUUCCUAACACCAACAAAGAUAAUGUGCUGUCAUGUACAGCUCGUCUUAAUGACGCACUGUUAUUGUGUAGAAGAAGGUUGGAUAGGCACCUCUGUAGUAGAUAAUGUGCAGAAAGUAAACCUCAUUUUAAUGUUUGUGAUUAACUCGCGCCACAAGUUUGUUACGGGCUAAAGAGUGUUAAGAAAACACUAUCUAGAUAAUGUGAAGAAUUUAUCUAAAAAGGAAAAGUGUAUACAUGUAGCUACAGUGGUUGUCCUCUUCUACUAUACUGUUGUAUGUUCCUUCUUUUAAUUCUGUGCCUUACAGAUUCUUCUCAUUUUCCUCUCAAUGCAUCAUUUCUGAACUUGGAGUUCACAACUCAUUUUAGUAGUUUUAUACAUCAUGUUCAGUCUCAAAGAGAAAUUGUUUUAAAAAAUAAAACAUUACCAAAGAAGUAU